AUGGUCCCACGUAAGGUCUACGAGCUGUGCCACCAGCCGGAAACCGUCACCUCAGAGUUAGCGCGCGACCCGUCGCAAUGUCCGACAAAGCUCUUCCACAAGCUCUUUGAAGGUCACCAUCGACCGCAUGUACACCAACACAGUUCGGAUUCGAGUUCAGACUCUGCAUCCGAAAAUGAGACACUGGACGACUUACAAAAAGCCCGCGCAUGUGGAAAUUUUGGGUCAGCCCAGCCGAGCAAUCUUUUCUUACAGAUUUAUCAUGAUGCCUUGUGUUCCUUGGAAAAGAACCCCACGGCGGGGGUAGUCUCUCCUCAAUUGAUGGGAAGUACAGGCCUUAUACCAUUAACCAUUGUCGCCCCAUUACCCGAUCUCUGCCGCCAUCUGGCAAAUUGCAUUGCACGCGCCGAGCAUGAAGUCUUCUUGGGCACUAAUUUCUGGAUUUACUCCAAUGCGUCGACUUUAGUGACGAAUGCUAUUCGGGAACUUUCUAAGCGGGCUGGUGAGCAAGGGAGGAAGGUCGUCAUGAAAAUGGUUUAUGAUCGUGGUGAUCCGCGACAGGCAUGGGAAAACCGACUCAGUGUCCACGAGGACCAGUACGCGGGCGGGAAAGUGAAACUUCCCCCAGCGAGUGAGAUCCCCAAUGUUGAUCUCCAGGUUAUAAACUUUCAUCGGCCGAUCUUUGGGACAUUCCAUGCGAAGUUUACUGUCAUCGAUCGGCGCAUGGCCCUACUGCAGAGCAGUAAUAUCCAAGACAACGACAAUCUCGAGAUGCUGGCUCAUAUCGAGGGUCCCAUUGUGGAUAGUUUCUAUGAUGCUGCUUUGCUUUCGUGGGGAAAGGCUUUGGAGCCUCCGCUUCCACUUUUGCAUUCUCCUGCUGCGGAUGCUCCUAUUCCAUGCCUUGCAAAGAAGACGAGUCACGAGGCUACUGUCGAUAAUGGAGCUCAAGAUCUUCCUGAGCAUACUGUCAAGUCUGAACAUUAUGAUCUUGACCUUGAGCAUGAAGCCACAAGAGUGAACGAUAGUGUUUUACCUCGAGGAGAAGAGACGCCCACGCAGGCUGUUAGCCGUCAUCUCAAUACAACAAUCCAACCCGACACAACAGGCGAUGCACCAGAUACCGAUCAAGAUCCCAUCUUCACACCAUACAAAGUCCUUCCGCACCACGAACCCGUAGCAAUGGCUCUCGUAAAUAGAGAACCAUUCGGAUCGCCAAACCACAGCAACACCCAAACCCCCCAAAACUCAGCCUGGAUCUCCGCAAUAAACCACGCAACAAGCACAGUCCUCAUCCAAACCCCAAACAUGAACGCCGAACCACUCCUCGAACCCCUUCUAAACGCAGUUCGUCGCGGUGUCAUCGUCACUUGCUAUCUUUGCCUAGGCUACAACGACGCAGGCGAACUCCUCCCCUUCCAGAACGGAACCAACGAGAUGAUCGCCAAUAGAUUGUACAGCGCCCUCGAGUCUGACGAGGAGAAGGGCAGAUUGAGGGUUCACUAUUAUGUCGGCAAAGAUCAGACGAUGCCUAUUCAUAAUAGUUUCAAGAAGAGGAGUUGUCAUAUUAAGCUGAUGAUUGUUGAUGGAAGGGUUGCUAUUCAAGGAAAUGGGAACCUUGAUACGCAGUCUUUCUUUCACAGUCAGGAGAUCAAUGUUCUUAUUGAUUCGCCUGUUAUUUGUGGUGCUUGGCUUGAACUGAUUGGUUCCAAUCAGAAUACUGCUAGAUAUGGUGCUGCUAGUUCUAAGGAUGGGUGCUGGCAUCAUCCUGAAACUGGGGAGAUUCCGCCUGGCUCUAUUGGCACUGAUCCUGGACGGUUUAGUUGGGCCAUGGGGGUUGUUGGGGCAGUACAGCGUGUUAGGGGUGUUGGUGGAUUUUGA